GAGCUCUCCGCUCCCCGGUUCUGCAGUUCGCACUACACUGCCAGCUCCCAGCUUUGCCGAGGGGCCGCGCCGCGCUCGAGACCGAGAUGGCGAGGCGGAGCCUGGCGGGCGACGCAACCGCAGGCGCCGCAUCCCGGGUUCGGUUCGCGCCCACCUCCAACAACCUGCUCGUCUCCUCAUGGGAUUCGGGGCUGCGGCUGUACGAUGCCGACGAGGGCACGCUCCGGGUCAGUGCGGAGUCUGAGGCGGCACUCCUCGACUGCUGCUUCGAGGAUGAGUCUUCAGCGUUUGCUUGCGGCUCCGAUGGAUCUGUGAGAAGGUACGACUUCCACUCAGGUUCUCAGGAUACAGUGGGGCUCCAUGAAGAUGUGCUUGCCUGCAUUGAAUUCUCUUCGAUGACUGGUCAGGUUAUGACCGGUGGCCUUGAUAAGAAGAUAAAGCUUUGGGAUUUAAAAACAAGAAAUGUAAGCCCGAGUGGCACUAUAAUCUUAGAUUCAGAUGUGGCAUCACUUUCUAUCUGUGGCGUGUAUAUAUUAGCUGCAGUUGCGAGAAAUGUUUAUUUUUAUGACAUGAGGAAUCUAACAACACCAGUAAAUGAAAAAGACUGUCCUCUGGAAUAUCAAAUUCGAUGCCUUCAUGCUUCUCCAGAAUGGAAUGCUUAUGUUGCUGGAUCUGUGGAUGGAGCUGUUGCAUUGAAGCAUCUUGAUCGUGGAACAGAUAGAGAUCUAGGAUAUUCAUUUCGUUGCCAUCCAAAAUCCAGAAAUGGAAGAUCAAAUCUGGUCCCUGUAAAUUGCAUCGCAGUUCAUCCCUGCAAGAAAACCUUUGUUACUGGAGAUGAUGAAGGAUGCACUAUUGCCUGGGAUGCUCGUUCAAAAAAGAAGCUGAUAGAGCUUCCGAUCUAUUUGGGCAGUGUGGCGUCAAUUGCAUACAACCAUAAUGGCCAACUUCUGGCGGUUGCCUCAAACUAUUUUAGAGAAGUAGAUAAAGAGGUGAUUGACCACCACCAGGUAUUCAUUGAAACCGAGGAGGACUUCAAAGGCAAGUCCCGUGUCGGGUAGAGCCUUCUAACAAAAAAUGUUCUGUUGUAUUCUAACAUACAUAUUCAAGGUCACCAAUAUGUGACAACAUGUUGUAUUAUGUUGUAUGGCUAGCACUUUUUUAGGAAAAAAUUAGUAUGGCUAAGCAUUAUUUGUACAGAUUAGUUACAUCUAGUCUAGCUAGUCUGAGAUAGUUGUGCGUUGUUUCACUUUUGAGCCGUUUGAACUGGCUGUAUUGUUGUGCUGGUAAGCGCAGCGAUCCCUGAUUUGUUAGUGAACUGUCAUAGCGUCAUUUGUUUUUUUUUAGAAUUACAAGUACACUCACAACACAUACACACUCACCUAUAUAAAUGUAUGCAUGCAAAACUUA